CUAGGAUAGGAUCCCAAUUAAAUUAAGAGAAACGAGAAAAAUUAGGCUCUGACGGGAACUAAUCUGGACCGUUUGAGAUAGAUCAAUCCAACGGCUGUAACAGAAACCCUAAUUCAACCCAAGGCUUUAGGUCUCGACACCGAGACUACUUAACCCGAGGAAAGGCUCCCUUCACCGUCCUCUUUCGCUUGCUCUUUCACUCUCUGCUCUUUGAUACUGCAACUGCGGGAGAGCACACCUCACUCCAACACAGCCCGUCGUUGUUACAGGUUCGCUUCCUUUAGCUCCACUUUGUUUUUCUUAUUGCCGUUCUUUAUGUGUUAAUUCUGUUAGCUGGUAGAUUCGUCUAUAUUUCCCUGUUCCCAAUCGUUUUCGUUCGUGAACUAUCUCGUUAUGUGGAUCUAGGCGAUGGAUUUAGGUUUUCGAUCUGUUUGUUUGUGCUACUCUUGCAGCUGCUCUUAUCUCGAUUCGUUGUCAAUUUUUGUUUAGGGUUCCGAUGUUUAUUUUUUGUUAACGAAGCUAUGAUUUCUGUUUUAUACAUAAUAAUAAAGUUACGCAUCGGUGUGCUUGAAUCUAUGUCUUACGCAUCUUUGGUAGUGGUAGUGAAAGAGAUGCGUGGAUUAGAUCUGCACACGGUUUUCUGAGUCUAUUCAGUGGCUGUAGUUUAUUGGUAAAUCCCACACUUCGCUGUGGAGACCUGGGCUCGAAUCCCAGCAGCCACUUCAUGCAUUUGAAUCUCUGUGGAUGGUUUGAAUCUACUUUCAACCAUGGUAAAAUGCUAUUUUGGAUUUUGGUACCUUUAAGCGAGUAUCUCCACUUUGUAGAAUCUAUAGCAAGCAGAUCAUUUGCCACUGUCCAAGUUUCAGUAUGGGUCUAUAAUCAUCUACUGUGUGGUCUAAUCUGUUUCUGCUUUUGAUUGGUUUCAGCUUCUUUACCAUACUUCAACAUGGGUAAGGAAAAGGUGCACAUCAACAUCGUGGUCAUUGGCCAUGUUGACUCUGGGAAGUCAACCACCACUGGUCACUUGAUCUACAAGCUUGGAGGUAUUGACAAGCGUGUGAUUGAGAGGUUCGAGAAGGAAGCUGCCGAGAUGAACAAAAGGUCAUUCAAGUAUGCCUGGGUACUUGACAAGCUCAAGGCUGAGCGUGAGCGUGGUAUCACCAUUGAUAUUGCUCUCUGGAAAUUUGAGACCACCAAGUACUACUGCACGGUCAUUGAUGCCCCUGGACAUCGUGAUUUCAUUAAGAACAUGAUUACUGGUACCUCCCAGGCUGAUUGUGCUGUCCUCAUCAUCGACUCCACCACUGGUGGUUUUGAAGCUGGUAUCUCUAAGGAUGGCCAGACCCGUGAGCAUGCUCUUCUUGCUUUCACCCUUGGUGUCAAGCAAAUGAUUUGCUGCUGCAACAAGAUGGAUGCCACUACCCCGAAGUACUCGAAGGCUAGGUAUGAUGAAAUUGUAAAGGAAGUUUCUUCUUACUUGAAGAAGGUUGGGUACAACCCUGACAAGGUCCCAUUCGUUCCAAUCUCUGGUUUUGAGGGUGACAACAUGAUUGAGAGGUCCACCAACCUUGACUGGUACAAGGGCCCUACUCUUCUUGACGCCCUUGACAACAUCAACGAGCCCAAGAGGCCAUCAGACAAGCCCCUCCGUCUCCCACUUCAGGAUGUGUACAAGAUUGGUGGUAUUGGAACUGUGCCAGUGGGCAGGGUUGAGACUGGUGUGAUCAAGCCAGGUAUGGUUGUAACCUUUGGUCCUACUGGUCUGACCACUGAGGUAAAGUCUGUAGAGAUGCACCAUGAAGCUCUCCAGGAGGCUCUGCCCGGUGACAAUGUUGGGUUCAACGUGAAGAAUGUUGCUGUGAAGGAUCUCAAGCGUGGUUUUGUUGCAUCCAACUCCAAAGAUGACCCAGCCAAGGAGGCUGCCAACUUCACAUCCCAGGUCAUCAUCAUGAACCACCCGGGGCAGAUUGGAAACGGUUAUGCCCCAGUGCUGGAUUGCCACACCUCCCACAUUGCUGUCAAGUUCUCUGAAAUCAUGACCAAGAUUGACAGGCGAUCUGGCAAGGAGCUUGAGAAGGAGCCCAAGUUUUUGAAGAAUGGUGAUGCUGGGUUCGUGAAGAUGAUUCCCACCAAGCCCAUGGUUGUGGAGACAUUCUCUGAGUACCCGCCUCUUGGAAGGUUUGCCGUGAGAGACAUGAGGCAGACUGUUGCUGUUGGUGUGAUCAAGGCUGUGGAGAAGAAGGACCCAACUGGCGCCAAGGUCACCAAGGCUGCUGCUAAGAAGAAGUGAGAUGUUUUGUGAGUUGCAGAGUACUCUCUGUUUCUGUCGUAUGUUUCCUAGACAGUUGGUUUUUGCAUUGGAUGUUGAAGCAGUUUUGUGAACGGGUAACAAUUUCGGAUUAUGGUUUUGUUUUGAUGGUUGUCAAGGCAAUUUCGGGUCUCAACUGUGCUUUGUUCGUGCUUUCUGAUGUGUGCUUUGUAGUAGUUGAUGAAUAGAUGUUUAUGUAUAAUAAUCCGAUUAAUAUCUAGACAAAGUGGUUUGGUGCCAUAGAGAGAAUAGAAUGCCGCCUGUACUCGUUCCUGUUAGGUUAAUUGGUACAGGUGUUUAGCUCCUGGCAUUCUACUCAUUGGAUAGAUGAUUGUUGAUACCGCAAUUGAUACCGCAAAACUGUGACUCGAUAAUAAUUCGUCUUGCGAACC